UUUGCUUGCUGCCAUUGGGACAAUAGGUGAAAGAAAUAACAUGGCGCAUCAGGUUGCCAGGUUACAGAAGUGUUCGCAGUUUCACAGAUUCUGACCCUCUUGAACGACGAUUUCAGCUUGGAACCGUCGUGUUUUGCAACAGCACACGUUUAGCUGCUGCUGGUGGCUAACGUUAGCACUAUCGCGGCUGUCGCUGAUCACGUGACCAGAGAGGCGGUUCAGUGAAGGUGUCCCCUGGUUGUGUUCAGUGGUCCCAAGCCGUCCAAUGGAGCGAGCCGACCGUAGACUGGUGAAGAACCAACCAUAUGAUGAGAGCGUGGAAGUGAGCGACUCUGCAGAGGACGCUAGUAUCUACGGGCGCAGUCAGGCCGAGCAUGGGAGGAACAGGAGGGUGCGUGGCCUGAUGUCAGCCAGCAGCAGCAGUGAUGAGUGUGACGAAGAGCGUGAGCCUCAGAGGGUUAAAGGGCCAAUCAGCAGGCAGGGUGGGGUCAGCCCCAAUGAGGAAGACGACGAGUCUGAAGAGGACUCCGAGUCGGACUCGGAUGAUGACGAUGUAACGGCCGAGGCUCCCGAGGGUGCGUACGACCCGGCCGACUAUGCCAACCUGCCUGUCAGCACUGAGAUCAAAGAGUUGUUCCAGUACAUCAUACGGUACACACCUCAAUCCGUGGAGCUGGAACAUAGCUUGAGACCGUUCAUCCCAGACUUCAUCCCGGCUGUGGGCGACAUCGACGCCUUCCUCAAGGUACCUAGGCCGGAUACCAAACCAGACGGGUUGGGCAUGCUGGUUCUGGAUGAGCCAAGCGUCAAGCAGUCGGACCCCACGGUUUUGUCGCUGUGGUUGUCCGAGGAGACCAAACAGCACGGAAACACCAAGGUGAAGGUGACGAGUGUGGCCAGUCCUCACUCCAACCCGCGCGCCGUUGACAGCUGGGUAGACAGCAUUGGCGCCCUGCACCGCUCCAAGGCAGCAGCCAGCGUGCAGUAUGCUCGCGCCAUGCCCGACAUCGACACCCUCAUGCAGGAGUGGCCUCCAGAUGUGGAGGAGACACUGGGUGGCGUGCACCUCCCCCAUGCCGGCCUCCAUUGCAGCCUGCGGCAGUACUGUGACAUCGUGUGUGCCCUGCUGGACAUUCCUGUGUACUGCAGCCGUAUCCAAGCACUCCACUUGCUUUUCAGUCUCUUCCUGGAGUUCCGAGACUCGCAGCACUUUGCACGCACUUGA